AUGGAUAGGAGUUGGAUGACAAUUAAAGAUUACUUGCAUCCUAGAUAUUUGGCAGGAGUGAAAGAAUUCAUUGAGUUUGCUUAUUUAGGCAAGGAUCCCACAUAUAAGCUCCCUUGUCCAUCUAAAGUGUGCAACAACUUUGAGGAUCAAAUUAUGGAGGUCAUGAAAAGUCAUUUGUGUGGGGGAAUUGUUGAGAGCUAUACUAGGUGGGUAUAUCAUGGUGAAAGGUUUCAGGAUUCUGAUGAUCAUGAAAAUGAUAACAUAGUUUUAGAUGAAGAAAAUAGUGAGUCAAAUGAUAUUCAAGAAAUGUUAAAUGACGUUGGUGCUGCUAACUUUGGUGAGAAUUGGAGAAAUUCGGGGGAACAUAAUAGGGAUAUUCCAAAUGAGCAAGAGGGGGAAGCAAGUAAGUGUCUUAGAUUAUUAUCCGAAGCUGAAAAAAGUAUCUACUCGGGUUGUGAUAAGUACUCAAAACUUUCCUUUGUUGUCCAUAUCCUUCAUUUGAAAACUAUGAAUCGGUGGACUUGCAAAUCCAUCGACAUGCUGCUGAAAUUCCUCAAUCAAGUCUUUCCCAUGGCAUCAAUUCCUAGUUCAUACUAUGAUGCAAAAAAUUUAAUUCGUGAGUUGGGACUCAAGUGUGAAAAAAUACAUGCAUGUGAAAAUGACUGUGCACUUUAUUGGAAAGAAAAUGAAAGCCUCGAUCACUGCCCAAAUGAAAAAUGUAAAGCACCUCGUUAUAAAUCCCCGGGUUCUAAAAUUCCUAGAAAAGUGCUUCACUAUUUCCCCUUAAAAGCAAGGUUGCAAAGACUAUUCAUAAACAAGGAGAUAGCUCAAGAUAUGAGGUGGCAUAAGGAGAGACGCGUUCCUAAGGAAAACACAAGGACACACCCUGCUGACUCAAUAGCUUGGAAGGAGUUUGAUGAAACUCACCUAUCUUUUGCCAAAGAUCCUCAUAGUGUUAGGUUGGGGCUUUCAACUGAUGGUUUCAAUCCCUAUGGAAACAUGAACAAUGCAUAUAGUAUAUGGCCUGUAAUCCUUGUUCCUUACAAUCUACCACCUUGGAAAUGCUUAAAGGACCCUUUUUUCCUGUUAUCAAUGAUUAUUACAGGUCCUAAGUGCAUAGGAAAUGAUAUGGAUAUACUUUUUAGGCCUUUAAUUGAUGAGUUGAAAGAGUUUUUUGACAUUGGCUUUGAGACUUAUGAUGCAGCCACGGGAGAAAAAUUUAUGUUACGGGCUGCUCUAUUGUGGACUAUAAGUGAUUUUGUGUUGGAACGACCCUGUGAGUGUUGGUAUAUGUAUGGCUACCCUGACGAGGUCGUCCUGGCAGUGGACGACGAGCGACGCAGCUUGGGGAAGGCUUGCGAUCGUUUGACUAGACAGCUAGAGGAGGCUAGAGAGGUUGGCCACGGGCAGGCGUUGCGCAUUAGGGACUUGGAGCGGGGCCUCCGAGACGCACACCAGUACCUCUUCGCUAUGAAGAGGCAGCUUAGGGAGAGGGCCCGGAGUAUUACAUUGGACUGCGAGGUCCUAUUAGAUAUGGCCGCGGAGGCACCACCAGGAGCUACCGGCCCAGAGUUGAUCGGCGAGGUGGAUACUCUAGGUUCCGUUGGGAAUUGGGCUCCUAGGGGAGGCGUUUAA